AUGGAGAACCUCACUGCUCUGCUCUCCUCCAUGGGCGGCUCUGCAAGGCAGAAGAGGAACUGGGCGUUGUCCCCUGCUCCGUUCCCCUCCACAACAGUUCCCAACCUCCACCGGCGGCGAGGCAGCGAGAAGAUCAAAUUGAUCGAAUUCCUUACUCACUUUUGGCCAGGAGAUGGAACGAUCGUGGUUCGGACAUCGAGCGGCGAGGAGUUCCAUGGAGCCAAGUGCAUCAUCACCAUCGGCGCGUGGACGAGCAAGUUGGUGAAGUCCGUCACCGGAACCGACUUUCCCGUGCAGCCACUCCACGUCCUCAUAUGCUACUGGAAGGUCAAACCAGGCCACGAGCACGAGCUCACGACGGAGGCCGGAUUUCCGACAUUUGCUAGCUAUGGUGACCCGUACAUCUACAGCACGCCAUCGAUGGAAUACCCUGGCCUAAUCAAGAUCGCCAGGCAUGGUGGGCCACCUUGCGACCCAGACAGCAGGGACUGGGCCAUCGGCUCCGGGGAAGGAGGGCUGGUGGAUCCUGUGGCGCGGUGGAUCGACGAGGUGAUGCCAGGAAUGGUGGACACCGCCGGCGGGCCGGUUCUCCGGCAGCCGUGCAUGUACUCCAUGACGCUGGAUGAGGACUUCGUGAUCGACUUCCUGGGCGGGGAGGAGUUCGGGAUGGACGUGGUUGUCGGUGCCGGCUUCUCAGGGCACGGCUUCAAGAUGGGGCUGGCGGUAGGAAAGAUCCUGGCCGAAAUGGCGCUGGAUGGCGAGGCAAGGACGGCCGCGGAGGCCGGCGUGGAGCUUCGACACUUCAGGAUCGGCCGGUUCAAGGGCAACCCGAUGGGGAAUGUCAUGAGUUUCUGAGAUGAAAUUAUGAAAAUGAUCUUUAUGCGACCGUCGCAAUUGAUAUUGGUUUGUGUUUGUUACAGCUUGUCCAGUGUUAAUGUGAUAUGCACAACUUUUAUGUGA